CGUCAGUCUCUUGCUCACCCUCGCCAGAACACCAACACAGAUCAAGGCCAUGUCUGCGUACACAACAAUGCUGGUGGUGAUUAUGGUGGCGUUGGCUGGCGUUGCGAAUGCAGUGGCUGACCCCGUGGCUGACCCCGUGGCUGACCCCGUGGCUGACCCAGUGGCUGAUCCUGAAGCUGAUCCCGUGGCUGACCCCGUGGCUAACCCUGUAGCUGACCCCGAGGCUGACCCCGUGGCUGAGGCAAAGGCUGACCCCAUAUACCCCGAGGCUCCUCCCGUAUACCCCAUCGUUGACCCUGUAUACCCCGUGGCUGCCCCGGAGUACCCCGUGUACCAUGCCCCAGCUCCUUGCUACCCUAAAACAGCCUACGUCACUGCUGUUAAGGAAGCUCUACAAGAGGUACCAGUAUACAAGACAGUAGUGCAGAAGCAAGUUGUACCUACCACCCUCUACAAGACCCACUACCAAACCCACUACCAGACUAAGUACCAGACCCAGUUCGUGCCCAAGUACGUCACCGAAACGGCCUACAAGACCCAAGUGCAGUACGUGCCUCACUACGAGACCAAGUACCAGACCCAGUACCACACACAGUACGUAACUAGAGCCGAGUAUGUGCCUACGUACGUGCCUCUCACGCUCUACAAGACCCACUACCAGACCCAGGUUAAGUACCAGACCGUGUAUACCACCCAUUACACGCCCCAGUACGUGACCCAGACCCUAGUCAAAUACCAGACGGCGUACCAGACCAAAGUUGUACCAGAGUACGUGACAGUACCCGUGGAGAAGGUCGGCUACGUCACGGCCUGCCCUACACCCUACUACUAAAAACAAAAGCGGACCCAACAAUCGACCCUAUUUAAACUCUCACAGUUUACGAUUGUAUAUAAGAAAAAAAAUAACUCGAUAUCUCUAGAAUUUAUCUCUCAGUUUUUAGCCACCAAAUGGAUUUAAAACUGAUAUUUAAAAAUAGGAAAUCGAGAAGUCAUGUGGGAUUCGAUCCUGUGUUCAGGAUUCCAGCUUCCAUGUUAUGUUCUGGUGCUACGGCCAAAGGAUUCAAAGUGUAAUAUAGAAUAAAGAAUCGCAUUGUA